AUGAAAAUGAAUAAUGAUACUAUCAAAAGAUUAAUGUUAAUAUUUGAUGCUGACAAUAAUGGUUCUAUUGGAUUCUAUGAAUUUAUUGCUCUUUACAAUUGGGUAAAAUUAUGUAUUGCAACAUUUAAACAUUUUGAUGUUGAUCAAAGUGGUUCAUUAGAUAUUACAGAACUUCAAGUAGCACUUCCUCAAUUAGGAUUCAAUUUAAAUAAACAAAGUUGUGAUGCAUUAAUUAGAGCAAACAAAAAUUUAAUAGGGAAAAAGAAAUUAAACCAAGUUCAAUUUAUUUGUGCCACUUCUUAUCUUGCACAAUGUCGAACAAUUUACCAAUUGACUUUUGACACUCAUAGAGAUCAAUUAGAUCCAGUAGAAUUUGAUAAGUUUAUCAACUUAGUUCUUGGACUUAUUUGA